CUGCUCUACCGCCGCACCGCUGCUCAUUGGUUUGGUUUGGUUUGCUUUGCUUUGCUUUCUGUGGGGAUCUUCAUCUCCGUCCCUCUCGCAGACGCUCUCUUCCCCCCGCUUCGGCCUUUCCCUCCUUUCGCUGCCCAUUUGGGUUGCUCUUUCUUUGGGGCUUGGGCAGGGCUGUGGCGAGUGACCAACAAUUGAGCAGGUCGGAAGAGGAGGAGCGGCGGGGAGGAGGUGUUUGUUUGUUUGUUUGGGAAGAGGAAAAUGAUGUUUCCGAGGCUGAUUCAGACCCACGAGGGGCUUAUCGGGCAAGAUCAAGACCUGCAGGUCGUCGGCGGCGGCGGAGGCCCCAGUCGAGGAGCCGGAGGAGACCCUUGUCUGGUCCUCACCUCCGACCCCAAGCCCCGCCUCCGGUGGACCGCUGACCUCCACGAACGCUUCGUUGACGCCGUCACUCAACUCGGAGGAGCCAGCAAAGCCACUCCAAAAGCUAUCAUGCGGACAAUGAAUGUGAAAGGCCUCACUCUCUUUCAUUUAAAGAGUCACCUCCAGAAGUACAGAUUAGGCAAGCAAUCAGGAAAAGACAUGGGUGACUCACCAAAAGAUGGAAUGUCAGGUUCUUACCUUCUAGAUAACCCUGGGAGUGGUAAUUCUUCUCCAAGCUUACCUUCCUCUGAUGUCAAUGAGGGUUAUGAAGUCAAAGAGGCAUUGAGGGCACAAAUGGAAAUGCAGAGUAAAUUGCAUCUUCAAGUCGAGGUUGAGAAGCACCUGCAGAUACGUGUGGAUGCGGAGAGAAGUUACAUGGUGAUGCUUGAGAGGGCCUGCAAGAUGCUGGCUGAACAAUUCAUCGGGGCUCCACUCCCAGACACAUCAUCAGAUGGCCAGAAAUCAUUGCAGAUAUUAUAUGAGACGAAGCCUCCUGCAAGAGGCAAUGAUGCGCUUGGGUUCUACCCUCAUGUGGUGGGCCCUGCUCAUGGGACAGAGGAAGAUGUCCCACCGAGCCUGCAUUCUCAGAGGGCCGACUGCUCCACCGAGAGCUGUCUUACCUCCCAGGAGAGUCCUGGUGGUUUGGCUUUCGAGGACUCCCCAAUCGGUGGGAAGAAGAGGAUGAUGGGUAUGGAGCCAAGUGGUGGUGUGCCCUUGAUUUGGGGGGAAUCUAAGCUAAGGGCAGGGGAGAUCGGUGUACCUCCAGUGCACCCGCAUGGGAUCACGGGAUAUGGUAUGUAAUAAAGAGGCUCAGGGAGUUCCAUUUGUUAUCACGGGCUAUGCAGGUACGUAGGAGGCUUAGCGAGUUGGGAAUAUGUUUUCUUUGAGAUCCAGUGGUUUCUAAUAUGUUCAAUUGUAAAAUAUGUCCCUUAGUUUCCUUUGUUUUUGCCCAGUCUGUUAAAGCAUAUCUUAGGGAGGAUGAUGGAAACAAAGAAAAAACUCAUGUAAAUUUUUCCGACCGACCGAUGAAAUGUCCACUUAAUUGGAUUCUGAUUGAAAUAUUUGGUUUGAAAACA